AUGGAGGCCCAGCUUUUGCGAGCCGCCUCUUCGUCAUUUCUCGCCCCCCCAAGUCCCGGAAUCUCGAGGCCCAGUUGGGUUUCUCACCGUCAAACGGAGCAUAAGAAGGUCAGCCGCCGUCUCAAGGUUUUUCAGAAGUUUUCCGGCGAUGGGGUCUCGGCGGCGGCUCGUGCCUCCACGGCAACUAUUGGAGUGGUGUCGAAAAAUAGGGUAGACGAGACCCAGAGCUACACUCUUGACGGUAUACGGAACUCUUUAAUACGGCAAGAGGAUAGCAUAAUAUUCAGUCUGGUUGAAAGGGCUCAAUUUUGCUAUAAUGAGGAGACAUAUGAUCCCAAUGCCUUUGCCAUGGAUGGAUUUAACGGCUCAUUAGUCGAGUACAUGGUCAAAGAAACCGAGAAGCUACAUAGCAAGGUUGGAAGAUACAAGAGUCCAGACGAGCAUCCUUUCUUCCCGGAUGAUGUGCACGAGCCGAUGCUGCCACCAUUGCAAUAUCCACGGGUUCUGCAUCCCUCGUCAGACUCGAUAAAUAUAAACUCCCAAGUGUGGGAUAUGUAUUUCAAGAAUCUGCUCCCUCGAUUAGUGAAAGAAGGGCAUGACGGUAAUUAUGGAUCAACUGCGAGUUGCGACACGAUUUGCCUGCAGGCUCUGUCAAAAAGAAUUCACUAUGGUAAAUUCGUAGCCGAAGCCAAAUUCAGAGGCUCACCAGAGGUUUAUAAACCUGCUAUUGAAGCACAAGAUGGGGCCCGACUAAUGGAUCUGCUGACAUAUCCAGAAGUUGAAGAGGCGAUAAAAAAACGGGUUGAGAUGAAAACCCAAACUUAUGGGCAAGAAGUAACUGUGGUUGGGUGUGGAGAAAAUCCGAAUCCAAUUUACAAGAUAAACCCGAGCCUUGUUGCGAAUCUGUACGGGGACUGGAUUAUGCCUCUCACGAAGCAAGUUCAGGUCGAGUACUUAUUGAGAAGGCUUGAUUGA